GUGCUCAUCUUCUUCAUCUUCUCACCCUCUGCUGCCCUUAUUCUUUUCCCCCAACCCUCCUCCCAUCUCCUCAUCUUUCUCACAACUCCCAUACAUACUUCACCUGUCCUGGUGAGAUCCUGCAUACGCGGAGCAAGAGAGAGAAAGACAAGAAAAGAACAAAAGCAAACAUAAAAAAGCAAACAGCAAAGAAAGAAAAGAAAAAAGAAAAAAAAAAAAAGGAAAAAAGGAAUAACACCCGGCGUGGAAUGGGCCUCCCUUUGUUGCAGCAUCUCCGGAUCCCUUGUUGAAGCUCUCAACAGCGCUGCUUCGGCAAUUCCUCACGGCCUGCGCGACUUUUUCUACUCUCCGUCCGCGCGCAUCCUGCUGAUCUCGCCAGAAUUAACCAUCCUUUUUUUUUUUUUUGUCUUUGCUUUUCUUUUCUUUUCUUUUUUUUGUUUUGUCUCUCUGUCCGCCCCGAGUUCUCCCGCUUUUUCCUUGCCGAAUACCUACUCUCUCCCCUUUAUAAUACAUCUUUCGCCCUGUCACCUCCCGUUACAACGCUACGGUCUCGAGAAAGAAGAAAGAUCUCAUCUUAUUCCCCGCGCCCUUUUUUUUUUUUUUUUUUCCCCUUCUUUUCCCUUUUCCUCUCUUUGUUACACAGGCAGAGUCGUGAAGUGAGCUCGAACAAGAGAAGACAAAAAGGACAAAAAAAAAAAAAAAAGAGGAACGACAAGCAAACGUCGUCUCGGAGUCGACCGAACGAAAACCGUUCAACGACCAGCUAUUACCAGAGAGAGGGCGAUCUCGACGGAGAGUACCACCCGGACCCGAAAGAGGGGGAAAAAAAAAAAAGCCCUAUUCCUUCGCAAUAAAAGCGAAAAAGAAAUGCCUGCCGUGGCGUAACCUGGAGGAAUUUCAUACUUAAUCCGAAGCAGAGGCGGAAAGUCGAAGAAGAAGCAGAAGAGGAGGAGGAUCAGGGGCAAGACGCGCUGAUAUAGAUCCUAUUCCUGGCCUCUUAAUUCGACCUUCUUUUCCCUUUCUCUCCUCCGUUUCUUUUCUUCUCCUUUUUUGAUUGUUAGAACCCCAUCCUCACCCGGAAAGGUCUGUUAAAUCUAUCACCGUGGAGAAGAAAAAGGAUCAGCCCGCAUUGAAGAUGCGCUCGAGCAUUGCUUGCUCCCGCUGCAGGCGGAGCAAGAUCAAAUGCGUCAAUGCGGGUAUCGACACCACCUGCCGCGCCUGCGAGUCCUCGGGCAGAGAGUGCGUCUAUCCCACACCUGCAAUCGGCACCGCCAGCGCCGCUGCUGCCAAGCGAGACCUUGCCGCAAUGGCUGACGGAGAGGAGCGGAACGGCGACUGGGAGAGCCCAAAGCGGCAGCGCCCGAGAAAGACGGCACAUUCGGCAGCCGCCGGUGCAAGAGACGCUCACAGGGGGACGAACAGCCACCAGGUCGUCCUCGACCCUACCCUUCUCACUGUCAAAGUCUGGGAGAGCCUGUUCGAUCUGUUCCAGCUUCAUUUCUCUGCGACCCUGCCGUUCUUACACCCCACUACGUUCCUCUCUCAGAUUCGGCAGUUUUCCACCAAUCCCGCGCAAACUGAUACGGCCAGCCGACGGUCGCAGAGUCCAGCACCUCGAGCGGAGCUCUCGCCUUUGGUCCUUCUGGGAGUGUUGACUCUGACUGCCCGUUUUCAUCCGCAAUUGAUUCAACACCAUUCACCCUCAUCUACCGCCCACCCAUCAAACCCUCUCGUAGCUUCCGAAUCCUACGCCAACGCCCUACGCGCCCGCUUGGUCGCAGGCGACGGAGGCGACCUCGCAUCCGCAGACAUCCAUCGCGUCCAGGCCUUCCUGAUGCUAGGUCUGCACGAAUGGGGCAUGUGCCGCGGCACAAACGCAUGGAUCUACGUCGGGAUGGCGAUCCGACUAGCCCAGGCAAUGGGACUCUCCCUCGAAACCGAAAACGAGCGCUUCUCGCGUCGCAGCUCCCUCCACUCGAACCUCGACCAGAAGGAUCAGAAUUCAGACGACAUCAUCGAGCAGGAGACCAGGCGACGCACGUUCUGGAGCUGCUUUGUCAUGGACCGGUGUCUCAGCGGUGGCAAGUUUCGCCCGAGGAUGGUCAAGGUGCGAGAUGUCGGCAUCCAGCUCCCGAGCGACAAUGCGUUUGCGUUCGGUGAGCGCGUGCGAACGUCGCGCCUGGGUGAGAAUGCUGGUAAUCGCCGAUCGCAGAGCUUCGAGCCCCGAGUGAUGCCGGGCCUGCGUCAGAACGUGGGAUUAUCCGACGAUCUGAAGUUCCGAGCUAACGGAUCGAUCCUGAACGACCCGAAGCAGUGGUCGAACGGCAGUCAUCGCAGCGACGGAGUUGAGAAUGGAAUUGAUCGCUGGGAAGUCGGCGCUGAAGAAUGUGUUCUGAGCAGACUGAUACGCAUCAUUCGUGUUUGGGGAAGUAUUGCGAAAUGGUCGUGUGCCGGUGGACGAAGAAUUGAUCAGUACCCUCCGUGGCAUCCCGAUUCGCAGUUUAAUCGGCUGAAAGAACUCCUGAUCGAGUUCCAAGAGGGCCUGCCGCGAAACCUGCAGUACAGCGCACGAAACACCGAUACCCACAUCAUGUACAAGAACACACUGGCGCCGUAUUCGCUUAUGCAUAUCAUUUACUUUCUGUCGGUCAUUGUGCUACAUAGGUCCUAUGUACCUUUUUUGCCUCUGCGCGGCAUGGAUCCGCAGGGACCAAUCGACGAGCCUUCGUUCCCCGCCGAAGGCUUCCGGAGAGACAUCGCUCGGGAGGUCUUUCGAGCCUCUCGACAUAUGAUCGAGCUUGUCAAGACCUGUUAUGAACGCGGCGUUUUGAUGGAGACUCCACUGGUUGGAUUUGCCGUCUACAAUGCUGCUUCCAUGGGCGUUUACGCGGCUCACUUUAACCAUAUGGACCAGGAAGGUUACAUCUGCUCGAAACCUAGCUCGACCGAUGUCAUGCCUGGUCUGGGCGGCCAGGGACAAGCGGAGAUCCGCAGGGCCGUUGAGAUCCUUGGGAGUAUGAGGUCGCGACUUCCAAUGGCCGUUGGCUGGUUCCGCACUAUCAACAGGCUGCAUACGUUCUUUGUCAAAGCCAGGCGAGACUACAAGCGUACGGUGCGGAGCCGGGAAAGUUUGACACCGAGUGGAGAGCUGCCCUUUGGUGGUAAUCCUGAUGAAUUGAAGCUCUUGGAGAAGAUCUUCACAGAUAUGGGCGUUGCAGAGGACCAGACUCCCGACUCGAAUGGCCUCAGCGACGAGCCGGUCGCGCCUCAUGUCAAUGGGACCGACCAUACUAAUGGCAGUGAUGCUGGAAGCAAUCAUGUCAGGAGCGAAUCUGGUGAUGCAGCAGAGGCCAACGGCGACAGCACCACGCGACGAGAGACCUGGGUUCCUGUCAACAGUGCCGCUCACGAGCCAAACCGAGAGCCAGAAAGACUCGAUUCCACCAUCCUUCGCCCGAUCGAAAGCGAUCGAUGGGCAAAUCUCCCAGGACCCCCGGCACCACCUUCAUACAGUCUCCCAUCUAUCCAUCAGCAUAACCUAGCACCGCCACCCUCCAGCACUCCACAAUCUCUCUCCUCUUCGACAGUAUACUCCUCUUCACCAUCUUAUCUUCCGUCUGCAAAUAACCGUCUCCAGCCACUCCAGCCCUGGCCCACCGCCCGUCAACCUCCGCCUCCUCCAUACUCGCAAUCCCUUCCUGCUCUGAAUGCGGCCGCACAGCAAAACUUCCCCAUGCCUCCCCUCGCCGCCAGCACACAACCACCGCCGCCUCCUCCUCCUCUUCCCUUGCAGCUCCACCAGCAUCACCCACGUCUUACUCCACCACGCCUCCUUGACGGUGCAGCGUCGCGCAUAAUGUCUCCGCUACCUCCCGACCCCGGAACGAGCACCGUGUGGAUGAGCAGCCUAGGCGGAGACGACGUGAUUGCAUUUGUGGAAGGUGAAGGCUUAGAGAAGUGGGCAACAAGCAAUGCUACGCCGCACGUUGGAGUGCAGGGCGGAUGGUUGGCGACGAUCUGGGAUGGGUACGCGCAUUAA